AUGUCGUGGAGUGCAGGCAGUGUGCCCCCGAUGAGGCGUUGGGGUGACCGCACCACCCUCUGUAGAGCCCUGCAAUUGCAGACGGUGCAAUUGCCCUUGAUAGUCAGUAUCUUCGUAACUGCUGGACUCAUCAUUCUCAUCUUGUCUGUGUCAUUUUCAGGUCAGGGCUUGGGGGGUUCCAAGGGCACUGUGGAUAGCAUUGACAAGUGGCCCAUCGGGUACUUGGGAGAGGAUGUCAUCUUGAGCUGCAAGUUCAAGACUUCCACUAACAGCAGGGAAUCGACCAGUCAGGUGUCAAUCACCUGGACGAAGGAGGGGCUAAGUGAAGUGGUGUACAAGUAUGAUAAAGGAGCAGUCCAGCUGACGGAGCAAAACCCCCAGUUUAGAAAUAGAACCCUGCUGUUCUCAGAUGCCAUAGGUGGAGGCAAUGCCUCCCUGUUGCUGAGGGACGUAAAAGUGGGAGACAAUGGGGUGUACUACUGCAGUGUGAGCACUCCUAGUUGCUCGGGAACUGCCAGUGUUAACCUCAGAGCUGCAGCUUUCUCAGCCCCCAAAUUCAAGCGGGUAAACACUACCCUAACGGCAGAGGCAGAGAGAUGGUUCCCCAAACCAAACAUCACCUGGUUGGAUGUCAAUGACAACGUCCUGAACGAGAGUGAAACUAGCUUCUUCAACAACUCCGCCGGGAUAACUCGAUUCAUCAGCUCCCUUCAGCCAAUCAAAUUGUAUGGCAGCUACACCUGCAUCAUCCAAAACCCUCUGGUGAAGGCCAUCUCCCAGGCAACCAUCAAAGGUCCAGUAAACACCUUUUAG